CAGCACCUCCUCUCCUCAUCCUCCAAACCCUCUAAUCUGUCAGCAGUAAGUUCACUUUCCAAGUUACAAGGCCAUUCUCAGCACACACUGACAACAUGCUGGGGACCCUCUGCACUCUCAUCACUGCUCUAACAUAUGUUGAUGCAGUGAUAGUACUGACCCAGACGCCUGCUGUCCACACAGUUUCUACAGGACAAGAGGUUGUUCUCAACUGCAACAUUGAGAGAGAUGAUGGAAUUGCUGUUAGAUGGUAUAAACAGGUUCCUGGUGGAACUCCUCAGUAUGUUGUUAGUUUUCUGGGUAAAGACGGUUCAAUAAUUUUCGGAACAGGAUUCUCCUCAACCCGAUUCAACUCUAAAGCCUCAUCCAACAUAGAUUACCAGUUCAUCAUUAAGCGGGCAGAGACAGGAGACUCUGCUGUUUAUUAUUGUCUAACAUGGGACAGCUCUGCUAACGAGGUGGUAUUCGGACCAGGCACCAAGCUGAUUGUGACAAGCUCCAGCCUCUCUCCUCCUGUCCUGACAGUCUUCCCUCCGUCCAGCGCUGAGCUCCAGUCCAACACAGCCACUCUGGUCUGUCUGUCCAUUUUGCCCAGUGGGUCUAAGGGUUUUGCAGAUGUGAGCUGGGUGUCUGGUGGGAGUCCAGUGAGCAGUGGGAUCUCUACCAGCACCGCUGUUCAGAAACCAGACCAGACUUUCCAAAUCAGCAGCUAUCUGGCCAUCCAGACGUCAGACUGGAACAUGGAUAAGGUUUACACAUGUAAAGUGUCUUUGGGCUCCCAGACUUCAGAGAAAAAUAUCAAGAAGUCAAACUGUCACACUGAAUAAUAGCAGAGGAGCAGAAUUACCAUUUCUAACCUGCUUCUUUACUGUUUGUGCUGUUUGCUCAUUACAAGGUUUACAUGUUAGAAAAGAUGUGUCUGCAUGCUUGUAAUAAAUGUUGUGACAGUUAGGUGGAGGUGUUGUAUCAGCUUUGCAAAUGAUAAAUGUAUCAAGACAUAUUCAAUAAAAAAGCAUUGUGUCAAAA